CUCUAUCUCCCGGGCAAACAUGGAGAUGAUACCGUCGCUUGAAGUGCUCCCUGAAGAGAUUAUAGACUUUAUUGCUGCUGAACUAUCGUAUGAGGAAGUUCGUCCCAGUAUCCAGGCACUGAGUAAUUUGUCUCGAGCUUCUAGGAAGUUUCGUCGCAUUGCACAGCCACACCUUUACCGAACCAUACAUAUCCUCAUCGUCCGCAAUAGCGCCUACGACCCGUGUGUCCAAAUCCAGCAACUACUUCGUACUCUGCAUGAGGUGCCAGCUCUUCAGAAGCACAUCACGAAGAUCCGAUCAAUGGAGUACUGGUCCACUUCCGACUACGGUUCCGUAUCCGAAACAUCCGACAUUUUAGCCUCACAUCGACCUGAGCACUUCAAUUCAUGCCUUCAUGACCUGCUCAUCCUCGCGCCCCAAGCGAAGCUCAUAGACCUACGCAACUAUAGUAUUCGCACAGGAGAGGACCUACAGACCUGGAUGCCGCUCGUACGAAGUCACGCAUGCCGGCAAUGUCCCCCCGUAGCCGGUAAAAAGAUGUUCCAGAAUCUAAGGAGACUAGAAAUCUCUAUCAUUGAGGCUACAAUAAGCGAAAUUGCAACCUUCUUCUCAAUUCCUUCUCUGGAGGCCGCCAGCUUCACGAUUGCGUCUCUGGAUCCCUAUAGCAGCUAUCGUGAUUGGGAAUCCACCAAGUCACGGAUAAGACAUCUUCAGUUCAAAGCUAUUGGCUUUCCAACACGUCUGUGGAUGCACGAAAUCCGGCAUGGCUUUCAACAGGUUGCGGGAGCAUGCAUUUCGCUCGAAUCCUUCGACUUCUCGCUUCACAGCAGCUCGGACGAGUACAACGGCGUCUAUCAAGACAUAAUCGAGGCCUUUACAACCCAAUUGAGGACUGGAUGUGUUCGGCAUUUUGGCCUCUGGAGCCGAGAGACACCCGUCCGCAUUUUGACCGGCCCACUUUCGGAUUCCUUCUGUCACAUAUGGCAGGAUGCUUCACCAUCUUUGACCGCCCUGAAAAUAGACGCAGUGAUGAUGUGUAGGCAUUUGCCAGACGGUAGUGCCUUUUUCGAGUUACUCGGAGCACUUCCUAGGUCGCUCACCCAUCUUACGCUAAGGCACAACCCCUGCAACGGUCGCUUUUCGGGUUCGUCUUUCCUAAAGACAACUCUGUUAACCUUCGCAGCUCGUUUCGGGUUGGUGGUUCCGCAGCUGGAAUACCUCGUUUUAGAGGUUACCGAGAGAUAUGGCGCACAGGGAUACGAUCCUUUGGACUUGCAGGCUGUGAAGGACGCCUUCUUAGCAAAAGGCGUAUGCAUUCAGAUAGAGUAAGCCAGAGUGCUCAUCGUUGACAUUUUAUCGACGUUUAGUGGAGAUUAGUGGUUAUCUGGUUUCAUUUCUCGAGGUCUUGAGGUUUUCAAAGAGCUGUGCAGCGUAAGGAAUGCUCGAGCUUGGAUUUUAUACGGCGUGGCCUAGUUAUCUCGGCUUCUUCCUUGCAUUCAUCAUGGAAAAGAGCUUUAACAUAGGACCUGCGAAGGAUCAGUCGUAGCUAUAGCUAAAAGGUUUCGCCAGACCCUGG